AUGCCAACAGCAAUUGUGGUCGGCGCAACUGGCAUUCUUGGCCGCGAGAUUGUCCUUGAGCUCUCCAAACACCGCCAGCAAUGGCCCACCGUUCAUGCUCUCUCGCGCAGCAAGAAGGAGGAAUUCGCUGAAACAGUCAUCCAUCAUCACAUCGACCUGAUGUCAGCCCCUGACGAAAUGGCCAACGACAUGCGGAAUGUGCAAGGAAGCUAUGUUUUCUUCGCUGCCUACGUGCAGAAAGAUACCGAGCAAGAGAAUUGGGACGUCAACGGCGCCAUCUUGUCAAAUUUCUUGCAGGCACUCGUCAAAACAGGUGCAAUCAGCGGUAUAGAGCGCAUCAUUCUAGUCACUGGCGCAAAGCAAUACGGUGUGCAUCUUGGCGCACCAAAGAACCCCAUGCUCGAGUCCGACCCUUGGCUUACCGACAGCAAAUGGCCGCCAAACUUCUACUACAACCAGCAGAACAUUCUGCAUUCGUUCUGCAAGGAGUACAAUAAAGAGUGGACCGUCACCUACCCCAACGAUGUCAUUGGCUACGCUGUUGGUAACUACAUGAACCUUGCCACGGCGAUUGCCCUGUACGCUCUGGUCUCAAAUGAGCUCGAUUCCAAGAAUGAGGGCGUCGUGUUUCCUGGGUCUCCCACAUUCUACACAAAAUUCGAUUGCUUCACCAACUCAAGGCUCCAUGGACAGUUCUGCGCCUGGGCGGCACUCGAGCCGCGCACCGCAAACGAAGCGUUCAACGUCGUGAACGGCGACACCGAGUCGUGGCAGAAUCUCUGGCCGAAGGUCGCCAACUACUUCGGUACCAAAGUCAAGCCAAAUCAGUUCAAGAGCGGAGCCGGCUCUUCAAUCCUGAAGUACGUUUCAGGCGAUGCUUCUUCAACAUCAAAGCUCGCUCCAGAGCCGCCAAUCACUACACAGGCAUCCGCCAUUGGUCUAGAAGGUACACCAGCACUUGAACAAUCCGUAGUCGAGCAGCACAUCGACCUCGAGAAGUGGAGUCAACGUCGGGAUGUCAAAGACGCAUGGAGUCGCAUCGCCGAAAGAGAGGAUUUGCAGGAGGAUGCUUUUGAGAAGGCGACGUGGGGGUUCCUGGGCUUUGUGCUGGGCAGGAAGUAUGAUCUGGUCAUCAGCAUGAGCAAGGCGAGGAAGGCGGGUUGGACUGGGUACGCCGAUACUUGGGAGAGCCUUGAGGGGCAUCUUGACGGUAGCAGCACGGUAGGUGGAAGAUCGUUGGUCGUGUUAUUUCUGGUCUGCGGUCUGAACACAGAUAUACACGCCAGCAACAACGGUAGUCGUCAAGAGUCGAGGAGCAACGAAGAAGCUGGGUCCCGUUGGUCUUGGCCGCAGGGCUGCUCAGAUAAGGCACAGCAAGAUCAACGCCACAUCGUAGUCCAUGAAGACCUAAGAUGCGCCAGCUCCAAAGUAUUCAAGGAUUUUCUCCAGCAGCGUCGCAAGAUCAUCGAUGGCGAGUGUUUCCCAUGCACCGAGAACCUUGAUGCAAUCACCGCCGAUGUCACCGUUUGGGAUCUCAGUGUGGUCGAAUCAUGCAUACACACUGCCUGCAGACCUGGAGAUAGUGGCAUGACGGUACAAAUACAUGUACAAUGUACUGUUAAGCCUGAACUGCUGACCCAGAGCCGAUCUUUGAUUUUCCACAAGAUCAUGUGGUAG